CCCCCCCCGGCUCUCUCUCUCUCUCUCUCUACAUAGUUGGUUGAAGGCUUAAACUGUCUCUGCUUGAACAAGUUCAUUCCACUCUAUCAAGGAAGCAAUGGAAGGGGGAAUACAUCCAGGAACAGAUGCCUCGGCUUUCAGGGAUUGUAUCUCUCUGGCCUGGAGGAACCCAUAUGUACUCCGUCUCGCUUUCUCAGCCGGAAUCGGUGGUCUUCUCUUCGGCUAUGAUACUGGUGUGAUUUCAGGGGCACUUCUUUAUAUUAGAGAUGACUUUAAGUCUGUUGACAAGAAGACUGUUUUGCAGGAGAGCAUUGUUAGCAUGGCUGUUGCAGGAGCAAUCAUAGGCGCAGCCAUAGGCGGAUGGAUGAAUGACCGGUUUGGACGGAGAACGUCGAUUCUGGUGGCUGAUUUCCUAUUCUUCAUUGGGGCAGUAGUCAUGGCUUCUGCUCCCAACCCAGCUCUUCUCAUUGUUGGUCGGAUCUUUGUUGGUCUAGGGGUCGGAAUGGCAUCCAUGACAUCUCCACUUUACAUCUCAGAAGCGUCUCCAGCUAAGGUCCGAGGUGCACUAGUCAGUACUAAUGGCUUCCUUAUAACCGGAGGCCAAUUUCUGUCUUACCUUAUCAACUUAGCAUUUACCAAGGCACCUGGGACAUGGAGAUGGAUGCUUGGAGUUGCUGGAAUUCCAGCUCUGCUGCAGUUCGGAUUGAUGUUAGCUCUUCCAGAAUCACCACGUUGGUUAUAUAGAAAGGGAAGGGAAGAAGAAGCCAAGACCAUACUUAGAAAAAUAUAUCCAGCAGAGGAGGUUGAAACAGAGAUCCAAGAUCUUAAAGAAUCAGUAGAAUCAGAGAUAAAAGAAGAGGGAUCUGCUGAGAAGAUCAAUUUCAUCAAGCUGUGGAAAACCAAGACUGUGAGAAGAGGACUCCUUGCAGGUGUUGGGCUUCAGGUAUUCCAACAAUUUGUGGGCAUAAACACAGUUAUGUAUUACAGCCCAACCAUUGUUCAGUUGGCUGGUUUUGCAUCCAACCAAACAGCUCUCCUUCUCUCACUUGUUACAGCAGGUCUCAAUGCCUUUGGCUCCAUAGUGAGCAUUUACUUCAUAGACAGAACAGGAAGGAAAAAACUUCUGGUCAUCAGUUUGACUGGUGUCAUUGUAUCACUUGGAGUUCUAUCAGCUGUCUUCCAUGAAACAACAUCACAUUCACCACAAGUCAGCAGGCUGGAGACAGCCAAGUUCCCUGCCUAUACCUGCCCAGAUUACCAGGCAGCAGGAAAUGCUGCUUGGGAUUGUAUGAAGUGCUUAAAGGCUUCAUCUCCAGAUUGUGGGUUCUGUGCAUCUGCCACUGACAAGUUAUUUCCUGGUGCAUGCUUGAUCUCAAAUUCGACAGUCAAGGACAUCUGUCACGGAGAGCAUAGGCUGUGGUACACAAGGGGAUGCCCUAGCAGAUAUGGGUGGCUUGCUUUGAUUGGAUUGGCACUUUAUAUCAUAUUCUUCUCUCCUGGGAUGGGGACUGUUCCUUGGAUUGUCAACUCUGAGAUCUAUCCUCUGAGGUUCAGAGGGGUCUGUGGAGGAAUAGCUGCCACUGCAAACUGGGUAUCCAACCUGAUAGUUGCUCAGUCCUUCCUCUCAUUAACAGAGGCAAUUGGGACAUCCUGGACCUUUUUGAUAUUUGGGCUGGUCUCAGUUGUUGCUCUGUUCUUUGUUCUGGUUUGUGUGCCAGAGACUAAGGGGCUUCCAAUCGAGGAGGUGGAAAAAAUGCUGGAACAGAGAGCGCUGCAGGUCAGGUUUUGGAAGAAGGGCUCAGACCAUUUACAGAAGAAUUCACAAGUGUGAACAAAGAGGGUAGUGUAAUUAUUUACUAUUGGUUGUAUGGGAGAGCCCAUACCCUGAAAAUUAACAUUGGGGUCUCCAAGAUUAAUACUAAUUUAGAAUUGGAGAUCAGUAAUGUAAUACAUUAUGAGUGCUUUUUCUAUACCAAGAAACUCCAUUGACAUUCUUGUC